CGUAUUCAUUCGUUUCGAAUUUUGGUUCUGAAAUUGUCUAAUAAUAAUUUCCUUAUCCUCAAAAUAAAGUAAAUAAAUCUUCCUUUCUCUAUGACACAAAACAUAUCUAAAUUUGUGCGGCUCCUAAGUUUACUUCCCAACCAUCACUACUCUACCGGCGCUACCACUCAUAUCCACCGUACAAUGACAACCACCGCCGUUAACCCAUCCAACACUCGUUUGGGCUGGAUCGGUACUGGAGUAAUGGGCCGUUCAAUGUGCGCCCACUUAAUUAACGCCGGUUACACUCUCACCAUCUUUACCCGAACUCCAUCCAAAGCCCAAGAACUCAUCUCCAUGGGAGCCCAAUGGGUCGACACACCAAAAGCUGUCGCUUCUCAAUCCGACGUCGUUUUCUCUAUUGUCGGUUACCCUUCCGAUGUUCGCCACGUCAUCCUUAACCCUAACUCCGGUGUUCUUUCCGGUCUCCGUCACGGCGGCGUUGUGGUGGAUAUGACUACUUCUGAACCUUCGUUAGCAGUUGAAAUUUACUCCGCCGCCACCGCCGCUGGUUGCUCCGCCGUUGACGCACCGGUUUCCGGCGGCGAUCGGGGAGCUAAAAAUGCUGCUUUAUCGAUAUUCGCUGGUGGUGAGGAAAUGGUUGUUAAAAGGCUUAAUCCGUUGUUUAACCUGCUUGGGAAGGUUAAUUACAUGGGUGCCCCUGGAAAAGGGCAGUUUACGAAAUUAGGGAAUCAAGUAGUUAUUGCUUCAUCUAUGGUGGGUUUAUGUGAGGGGUUAAUUUAUGCACAUAAGGCUGGUUUGGAUUUGAGUCAUUUUUUGAAUGCGAUUUCGACGGGUGCUGCUGGGUCGAAAUCGUUGGAUUUGUAUGGGAACAGGAUAUUAAAUAGGGAUUUUGAACCUGGAUUUUAUGUGAAUCAUUUUGUUAAGGAUUUGGGGAUAUGUUUGAGGGAAUGUCAGAAUAUGGGUUUAGCUUUGCCUGGGUUAGCGUUGGCGCAGCAGCUUUAUCUGUCGCUUAAAGCUCAUGGUGAGGGCGAUUUGGGUACUCAAGCUCUUGUUUUAGCGCUUGAGAGGAUUAAUAAUUUGUCACUUAAAUCUGAGGGUUCUCCUGUUGGCAAACUUUAGACCUGUUGUAUCUUUGAUCCAUGGCUAGUAUGUAUCUGUUUAUGAAUGUUAAUGUUCUUACAUUUGUAUUCUGUAUCCGUUUAUCCAGUUAUGAAUGUUAAUGUUCUUGCAUAUAAAAGAAGGUGAGAGUAAUAAUCUCUAGUAAUUUGAUGAGA